AUGAAGCCAUCAGCUACUAACAAUAGUAAUUUAUCAUCAAGUGUAACCUCUUCUUCGUCCUCCUCUGCAGUAUCCGCUAACACAACAGCAACAUCUAAUUCAAAUUCAAAUUCCUCUUCUGCCUCUACGUCCUCUUAUGAAGAAUGGAUUCCUGCAUUCGUAUCACGUUUUGGUCAUGAAUAUUUUUGUGAAGUUCCACCUGAAUUUAUAGAGGAUGAUUUUAAUUUAACUGGGUUAUCAAAUGAAAUUCCAUAUUAUAGAAAGGCAUUGGAUUUGAUCUUAGAUUUGGAAAGUGAUGACGAAGAUGACGAUGAUGACGAAGAAAUGGACGGCAAAGAACAAACAGAGAUGAGCGUAAGUGUUGAUAACGAUGGUGAUCAAGAUAUGUUAAGUAUCAACAAUAAUGAUGGUACCGCUUCUAAGACAACUGUUACUAGUAAUAAUAGUGGUAAUAAUAAUAAUACUAAUAAUAAUAAUAAUAAUAAUAAUAAUAACAGUAGCAAAAGUAUCAAGUCUAAUGGAAACACAGCUACGACAAACAAAAGAACACUUAUAGAACAUUAUGCAGAACAAUUGUAUGGCUUAAUUCAUGCCAGAUACAUUUUAACAAGGCAAGGGCUACAAGCAAUGGCUGAAAAGUAUGAUAAUAAAAUGUUCGGAUGUUGCCCCAGAUACUUAUGUGGGGGGAUGCAACUAUUACCAACUGGGUUAAGCGAUACUUUGGGGGAAAGCACUGUUAAACUAUAUUGUCCAAAUUGUCAAGAUAUAUAUAUGCCCAGGUCAUCUAUUCACUUAUUUUUAGAUGGUUCAUUUUGGGGUACUAGUUUUCCAGGUGUUUUUUUAAAUAAUUUUAAAGAGUUGGAUGAUUAUUGUGACAAUAGGAAAAAUAAUAAGAAUCCUAUACAAUUACAAUUCCAAUUAAAAGUGUUUGGUUUUAAGAUUAGUGAAGUUUCUCCUAGUGGUAGUAGAAUGAAGUGGCUGAGACAAUGGCCUUGUGAUGCUCAAGAAAUAGACGAGUUUAAAUUAUGUGAAUUUAGCUUACCUAGAGGAUUAUUGGCCAAUGGUGAGAGAGAUCUCAAUUCUAACGAAAAUGAUGGAGGGAUAGAAGAAAAUGGUAACAACACUGAAAAGUAA